UUAUUCAGUAUGCACAUAUUAUGAUCAGUUUCUCUAAACUGGGUGAAUGGAGCUUUGCAUUGGACACUUAAUUUCUUAACUCUUUACUGCCACUGGUUUAUUAUUUCAGGGCUACGGCACUAUUAAACUGCAUCUCACUUAACUUUUUAUGGAAAUAUCUAUUGAAACACUCGCGGGAACCUCCUUUGAGCUCAGAGUCAGCCCUUUCGAAACUGUCAUUAGUGUUAAACAGAAAAUACAGCGCCUUGAAGGUAUACCAAUUGCUCAACAGCAUUUGAUAUGGAAGAAUAUUGAACUUGAAGAUGACUUUUAUUUGCACGACUAUGGGAUUUCACACGGAAGCUGUCUGCAGCUGGUAUUAGCUAUGCGAGGUGGACCAAUCAGUACAAGACGGGUAGUUCUGGAGGAUCCUUCCCUUCAGGAGGUCAUAGAUUAUGUAGAGGCAAAUGGGGAUGAUAUGUGGAACGAUCUACCUACUAGUGACAGCACACAAGUUACCGUUUUACUGUUCAGAGACGGAGACCAACUGAACUUCUUCCGUGUCAUUGACAGAGGAGACGGUACUUUGACACCACUCUCUGAAUCACUCAGUGGCAACUCUAUGUACAAUCUAUACGAUGAAGAUGAGGAUAGUUCAAUGGAGGAGAGAUCUUCAGAAAAUGCCGCAAUGAGAGACAAAGUCCGGAAUUUAAAAGCCAAGAUGAGAGUUCUGAAUUCCAACAAAAAGCCCGUACCGAAGAGUAAGCAUGAAGCGCUGAAACCGAGCCCCCCACCACGGCCCCCAAUGGGGCCCCUCCCUCCCCAUCGGACUCCUAGACCUCCCUCUGAUUUAAACUCACCUAGAGCUCUUGCAACUGUCAGCAGCGGGAUGAUUCGUCGCAGGAUGUACAGUAAGAUAGAGGACGUGGCUACAAAGGCAAACACUUCAGAAGAGAUUUUACCUCCACUCUCUGGUAGAUCCAGACAACUUCCUAAGAUAACUCGUACUGUUUCCAACGACAAGAGUAAAGCAUCUGAGAGCAUAAUAUCUCACAAACCAUCCGCUGCCUCGUUCGAAAGCAUCCCCUCCAAAUCUCGUGUAUCGUCUGCUAAACCUCUUGCCAACAUCAAGUCUCCUGAGAAACAGUCCAGCAGUGUUCCUGUAUCAGCUAAAAGUAUCGUAGAUAACGAGAGAAUAAGUCAUUACAAGAGGUAUACUCAAGAGAAAAAGGACUCCGCGUCUGAUCCAAUGACGUAUCUGAAACAAAAUGAUACUGAUAAGAGGCACGUGUCAACGAACGAGAUAUUGAGUGCCUCACGAGAGGUAUCGGCCAGAAUAUCAUCUCGUAUAUCACAUAACAAGAUUCCAGCCUCUGAGAGUGCCAGCAAGAUUAAGAAACACGUGACUUACGACAUAAACACGCGUACAAACCACGUCACGGCACGUGAUAUUAAGAACAGUGAAGGUAGGAAGCCGGUUGUGCAUCGUUUGAAUUCCUCAGAUCGAAAGAACUUACGAACACUUCAAGUUUUAUCGAGACAAGGAUCUGCAUCGCCGCCAGCUUCCCCUCUUCCUACUAACAGACUACCACCGGUUGCGAUCAAAUCUAAGGUGCUUUCGGGAAAGAAAAAGAGUACCACCCGGUGCAACUUCUGUCGUAAGAAAACUGGACUUGCUACCACAUAUACAUGUCAUUGCGAAGGGACGUUCUGUGCUAUUCACCGAUAUGCGGAGGUACACAAAUGCCCCUAUGACUAUAAAGCUGCUGGUCGCAAAAUUCUCGAACAAAACAAUCCGGUUGUAACCGCCCCUAAAUUACCUAAGAUAUGAUUGUGAUGACAAUUGAAGGGCAUUAAUUGAUCAUGUCUCUUUUGAUUUAACGGGGAGCAUAUUGCUGUAAUCGUAGAUUUGGUGAUCGUUUUACCGAAAGAGAAAUUUUAGUUUUCUACGUUAUAUUUACGUUUUAUUUCUUAUUGUUUCAGUUCCUUGAAAAUACAAAUUGAAUGUAAUAUUCAACAAUAUAAAUAAACUGGAAGAUUAUUUUGUACUGAUAUAUGUUUUAGUUUAAUGUUUAAACAAUAUUGUGGUAGUUCUGAUCGAUGACUUUUAUACCGCGUAGAGAAUGUGCUUGAGAGGAACAAUUAUUGGGUGCACAGGAUUAUUGUCGAGUGUCUACUUCUUUACCGGUUUGGCGCUGAACUUCAGGGUUUAUACUUUUUUAUUAAGAUAUUGUACCACACCUUAUUUAUUGGGUUAGAUUCUACUAUUGUACAGUUGAGUUAUUCUCUUUUAUUUAACUUAUUAAGGCCUGACAUAAAAAGUGUGUUUCGAGACGGUUAAUUUUCCCGUCACAUCUUCAAUAUGACUUAGAAUUAAUAAUGAAUUGAGAAGUACGAUUAAGAUUUUAUGCACAACAAUAUUUUGUGAGUAAAGUUAAAUCCCUUUAUUGCGGCCACAUUUAUUGCGCCAGUGACCGUUUUUUGCAAUGAUUAUUUUAUGAUUUAUCAGUAUUCAACUGACCGACCCUACCAUUGGCAUUGUGUGCGAUUAUUAAAAGACAAUACGGCAAACAUUAAGCUUGCAGCUCCCGAUCAACCGAACUGAAGAAAGUAUAUUGCAAUGUUAAUGCUGAAACCCUAUUAAUGUUGGUUGCAGUAAGGUGCAAUUCAACAAUAUUUGCAUCAUCGACUCUACAAUGCUUCCACAUAUAAAGAUCUGCAUUUAUAGUUCUUGUUAACAGUUAAAAUGUGGUCAAAUCAAUGCUAAGAUCCCAAUUUUCAUGUCGAAGCUUCCGAUACAACCGCCUCACGCUUGUAUGAAACUCCAUUUGAGUGCUGAUCAAACUGGUUACAAGGUACAGUGUUGCCAACAAUGUGCAAUGUCAAAUUGUUUAACUUUGCAAGUUCUGUGAUUUAUAAAGUCCCAAGAGGAAUGAAAUUGUACUCACUUUGUUUAAUGUUAUGUGUAAAAACUUUUAAAUGAGUAAAUUUGAAAA